AUGAGUGAAUUCAGGAUUUGUUUAUCUGGUGUACUUUCCGCUGUGAUAAAAAAUUACAAGGCCUUCCAAUUGUUGUUCCUUUUAAUACCAUCAUCGCUACUUGUUCGUUAUUUUGUUAAGUGUUUACAAUAUUUUGCUCACAUUUGCACUAGUAAUCAAGGCGACUGUUGCAGUGUGGGACGAAUGCUUAACUUUUUGAUGUCGUAUUCGCAGCAUCAAUUUUACACCAUAAGUAGCGGAGGUAGUUUCUUUAUCAUUCUUAACCUAUUCGAAUUGUUUAGCAGUACUGUUUUUCGCAAACAUUUACGUUAUUUAAUUAUCUCUGUUAUUUUUAAUGUCUUCAUCCUUGCUUUGAUAAUAUUGGAAAACCUCUUCCCACGAUCCCUGAAAGAAUGGCUGAAAAGUUCAAAAGAAAUUCCAGGUAUCUCUCAAUUGAAAUUUAUGGCAGGCAUUGUAUCACUUGGUACUUGGUAA